AUGGCGAAGACCAUGAAUGCCAAUCCCAGGCGCAUGUAUUCCUGGUGGUGGGACAGCCAUAUCAGCCCCAAGAACUCAAAAUGGCUUCAGGAAAACCUCAAAGGUAUUCCAGAAGUUGUCUUGUAUGCUAGUAAGGAGAUAUAUGAUUUGAGUGCAAAAUUAGAUAACAUCUUGGCGUCUUACAUUCUCUUGGUUCAAUCGAAUAAUUUCUAUAUUUAUUAUUUUUACAUGUUUUUAUUAAAUAAAAAUCUAUUAUACUGGUAAUUCAUUCCAUCCUAGAAGAGACGGAUUAUUUUCUGAGAAGGAAAGAAAUUUGGGGCCAUGAUUUUUUUUGUUUUUAGAUAUCUAUAAAGGGAAAAAAUGGGAUGAUGUGAUGGAUUUAGGAGAGGGAAACAAAAAUGACAAAUUUCCAAUGGAAUGAAAUUCUGGAAAUAUUUGAUUUGAAUGACUAAUUUCCAAUGGAAUGAAAUUGGUAAUAGAGGGAAUAUAUUUGCCAGCUUUUAUUUUGAUUGACGAAUUAAAUUAAAACUGGGAAAUAUAUUGGUGGUGAUUAUUUAUUAAAGUUGAUGUGGCCUAGGUUCAAAAUCCAAUGGGUCAUGGUACUUCAUCCCUUUUUUUAUUUAUUUAUUUGGUGUGAGAUUAUUCCAAUCUGAGGUGAAAUUAUCUAGAUAUGAUUGUUGGUGCCUGAUAUAGAAGCUAAUUCAUUUAAUUGGCGAUAGGAUUUGCUCAUAUUUUACAUUUUUUUGACAUAUUUGGCAGGAAGAUAAUUCUUUUUAAUUUCAGCAAUGGAAUAUAAUAUGAUCUCAGAUAUUAACCAGGUCUAAAUCUAAUCACCACCUUCAGCAUAAAUAAAUAAAAAAUAAAAUAAAACUACUUCCAUUGUCUGGGACAACCAGCAGGAACGAAAGCUAGGACCCUGAAGUGCAUUAAAGUGGCCAAAGUCAGUAGGUGCGCCUUCUUCCCAUUAAUAUGGAAAUCGAAUUUGGAUUAAAUUUUUGCUGGAAAAUAUAUUUUUUCUAUUAAAAUUUGCAUCCACCCGAUGAAAUCUUUCUCAGAAACUCUCACCCACCUUCAAUGACAGCACCUUGCUGCCUGCUUACGUUUUGCGUUCAUAUGGUGAUAGCGUGGGGUGUUCUUGCCUUAUCCAUUCAUAUGGAGAUGGUCUGAUGGAUGAGCUUGGGAACAAAUUUUCGCAAGGCCUUCCAGUUUCAGGGUGAUGGAUUAUGAGGUGUGAUUGGUCAACAGGUGUCCAGUCCUUUGGUCAGUGGGGGUCCAAUGAACCGAGAGAGAUAAACUUUGGAUCAUAUAUGCACAGAUCUUAUACACAUGAUGCGUUUAUGUAUCUGAAUUUCAAGGCAUAAAUGUAAAUACGUGGAAAAAAUUUCUCCAUUCCCCCAUUUAACCCAUUUUUGCUCUCUUCUACAUUGCCAGAUAUGGACAUCAAGGUAAGCCUGAUGAUCAGGCUUUUGGAAGAAGAUGGCGAUUCCUUUGCCAGGAAGGCAGAGAUGUACUACAAGAAGCGGCCCGAGCUCAUGAAGCUGGUUGAGGAGUUCUACAGGGCCUACCGUGCGCUAGCGGAGAGAUAUGAUCAUGCAACAGGGGCACUCAGGCAGGCGCAUCGGACAAUCCAGGAGGCGUUUCCCAAUCAGAUCCCUUCCACCCCAACGGAUGAUCCCCCGUCUGGCACCUCGGCCACUGCAGAUUCCGACCCGCAUACGCCUGAGAUUGAUCCAUCAAUUCGAGCAUUCAUUGAGGGUGAUAUCGCACAGAAGGAAACUUCUGAUGGUGAGCACCCCUAUCUUCAUGCCAUUAAAAGGAAUGGAACGUGCUCCGAAGAGAAUGAUCGGGCGAGUGGGAGGAGGGGCUUGAAGCAGCUGAAUGACAUUUUUACUCAAGGGAAGGCCAGAAAGGGCCUCAACUUCCAUGAGGAAGAGGGAGAAGGCCGUAGUGGGUCAGCUUUUUUUCAGCCAAAGGAAGUCGGAGGCAGAGAUGGCGUUGAGUAUUCCCAGUUAUCUUCUGAGAAGGAGAUGGAAGAGAUGCCGAGGCUUCGAGAGUCCCUGUCCAAGUCAGAGUCUGACAGGGAAGCUGCUCUACUUGAAUGCCAGAAGUUCUCAGAGAAGUUAUCUAACUUGGAGCUGGAGAUUUCUCGUGCUCGCGAAGAGAAUGGGAAGCUCAACAGCGAGAUGGGGGUCAGGCUGGAAAGUUCUGAGGGGAGGUGUCUUCUCUUGGAGAGAGAGAAGGAGGCUCUGAAGGAGAAAGUCAACGCUUUGAACCAGCAGAUAAAUGAUCGAGGGCGGGAUCUGGAGCAGAAAAAGGAGGAGCUUGAGGAGCUGAAGCGUUCCUUGCAGGAGGAGGUCAACCAGUCCCUAGAAAAGUUGAAGGACGCAGAGUUGAGCAACCGCAGCUUAGCAGAAGACCUGCAGAAUGUCAAAGAGCUCAAUGCCAAUCUGAGUAAAGAACUCAGAUCGAAACAAGAAGAGCUGGAGAAGCUUGCCAGUUCCGUCCAGGAGGAGAGUUUGCUGAAAGUACGAGCUGAAGAAGCCCUCCAAUCUGUGGAGAAGCUGAACUCACGCUCUCAGGAAGAGAUGAAGGUCCUUUUCCUAGAUCUCCAGAGCAAGGCUGAGAUGCUGAACGAUGUGGAGUCCAGGAGGCGCCAUUUAGAGGAAGAACUGGAGCAGCACAAGGACGAAAAUGGGAGCCUAAAAGCCCAGAUCCUGUCCUCUGCCUCAGUCAUCAAGAAUCUGCGCGAGGAGAUCUCCACCUUGGAGGAAACCCAGGUCAGACUUGACAACGAGGUGCACGAACACACAAAGGGGAAAGCAGCCCUUCAACAGGACGUUCGCCUUUUGCGGGAUGAAAUCACUGAUUUAGAUAUGAAGCUCCGAUGUGUGAUAGAGCAGAUCGAGGCUGUGGGUCUGAGCGAGGAGUCAUUUCAAGUAUCAGUGGGUGAAUUGCAGAGCAGGCACCGGGAACUCAGAGAGCGCUGCGAGACCUACGAGGAUGAGAAGGCUGUUCUUCUUGGUCACGUGGAAGAGGCAACUGAGAAGAGCGUGCUUUUAGAAAAAUCUCUUUCCGAGACGAUGGCUGAGUUGGAAGGAUUGAAGGCAAUGGCGAGAUCCUUGGAAGACUCUUGUGAAUCUUUGAACAAAAGAAUGGCAGAACUUACUGCAGAGAAUGGCAGUUUGGCUCGUCAGCUGGAGGCCACCACCCAGAAUAUGGAAAAGCUUUCGGAGAAGAAUACCUUGCUAGAGAGCUCAUUUUCUGACGCUAAUGGAGUGAUUGAGGGGUUGAGGGAGCAAAUGCUGGGCAGAAACAUGGAGGUGAAAGAGCUCCACGAGUCCCAUGAAUGUGAAAAGCUUGUCCUCCUCGGCCACAUAGAGAAAGCAACAGAGAAGACUGUGUUCUUAGAAAAAUCCCUGUCUGAAACAAGCGUUGGCUUGGAGGGAGUAAAAGCUAAGGCGAGGUCCUUGGAAGAAUCCAACGAAUCCUUGAACAGAAAAAUUGCAGAACUUGUCACAGAGAAUGGCAGUUUGAGCCACCUGUUGGAGGCCAGUACCCAGAGCAUGGAAAAGGUUUCAGAGAAUAAUUCCUUAUUGGAGAAGUCCUUGUCCAAUGCUAAUGGAGAGAUUGAGGGAUUGAGGGAGAAACUGCAGAGCGUACACUUGGAGCUGGAACGUCUCCGGGAAACUUCCAAGGAUGAGAAUGCUGUUUUUCUUGGUCACAUCGAGAAGGCGACUGAGAAGAGGACGCUUUUAGAAAAAUCCCUCUCUGAAGCUACUGCUGAGUUGGAAGGAUUGAAAGUCAAUGCAAGAUCCUUGGAAGAAUCUUGUGAAUCUUUGAACAGAAGAAUGAUAGAACUUACUGUAGAGAAUGGCAGUCUGGCUCUUCAGCUGGAAGCUGGUACGCAUAAUAUGGGAAAGCUUUUGGAGAAAAAUGCCUCGUUGGAGAGCUCAUUCUCCGAUGCUCACAGUGAGAUUGAAGGUCUGAGAGAGAAACUGAAAGGUUUAGAAGAAUCCUUACAGUCUCUCUAUGAGGAGAACUCGAAUCUCCAGUCUGAAAAGAACUCACUCACAUCUCAGGUGGGGACUUCUGGUUCCCUCUUUUCAAACACGUUUGACGGGAUUUUUUUCUUUUUUUCUUUUUUUUUCGUUGAAAAGCUUGUGGGUUUUCUGUGUGAUCUUUAAUUCUUUUUUAGAAUCUGCGCACUUCUUUGAGACAUGGUUAAUUAAUUUUCCUUACUGGGUUAUUGCAAUGGACUGCAAAUCCUAAAAAUUUCAGGUCGAAAAUGCCUGUGCAUCUGCGGAGAAACUGACGAAAAGUUACGUGGAUCUGGAAGAGAAGCACCUGCAUGUAGAACGAGAGAAAGAGUCAACUCUUUUGCAGGUGAACGAGUUGCAAACUUCGCUGAAACUUAAAGGGGAGGAACAUGAAGCUUUUGUCUCAUCAAGCGACACCCAGUUGGCCACUUUGGCAGGCAAUUUGAAUCUCUCACAGCAAGAGUGUCAGCUUAAGGAAGAAGAACUCGAAAGAUUGCGCGAAGAAAUUUUAGACUCUGAAAUCAAAGGUUUCAUCUUCCAGUGGCAUCUCCUUGAUGCAGAAGAACGUUUCCAGGCGCUCCUGGCGUUGUCAGCCUCUGUGGAGAGAUCGCUUUCUGACAUGGGAAGAGAAAAUUUUGAACAGGAGAAGGUGAUCAAGUCCCUUUCAGAGCAUAAUAAGAACUUGCAGGGUGGGAUCGAGGGAGUUUUAGAGCAUCUGGGCAUCAAAGGUUCUUGUGGGUCAGACGGAAGUAAAGAUGAUUCACACUGUCAGAAAAUAGUCGUCAAAAUUAAGGAAAUACAGAAAUUUCUCUCUGACACCCUCGAUGAGAAUUCCUUCCUUGUUAUUGGGGAAUCGGUGAACACCGCCCUUCUGGAACAGCUGGGCCUCGAUCUUAUGAUCCUAAACUCAGAGAAGAGCUCCCUUAGCCGGGAAUACAGAACAAGGACUGGGCAGUUGUUGGCACUGAAGGGCGAGAAGCAUGAGCUCCUUCAAGCAAAUGAAGAGUUGACGCAGGUUGUCAGUGCUGGCCAUCUGAGAGAAGAUAAAUUGAAGGCUGAACUGGAUGCUCUGGGUAAGAAGCUGUUGGAUUUGCAUCAGAGCCACGAGAAAUUGCAGGCUGAAGUGCAUAUCUUGCUGGGUGAAAACCAAACUCUGGGGAAAGUUGUUUCAGAUUUGAAGGGUCAGAUUGAAAAUCUGGAGGAGGAAAAUAGCUCCGUCCUUGUUGAAGCCAUAAACCUGAGCUGCCUUUCUCUUCUCUUCAAGCAGCUUGGUGCUGAAAGAACGAUGGACCUGAAGGCCUGCAGCAGCAACUUGGAUUCUCUCCGUAGAGCUCAAAAUGCUCUGGAAGACAAGAUGGCGAACCUGAUCCAAAAAACUGAAGUGUUAGAAGGGGAAAACGGUAUUCUUAAAGGUUCAGCAAUUACGUUAGAGGCCGUUCACAAGAGGUUGAAUCAACAGAUUGAAACUGGGCAAGAUAUAUUAGUUCAGAGGGACUUGGAGCUCACUGAAGCGCUUCAAAAAAUCAAAGUCUCAGAAGACGCCAACUUGAAAUUAUGCACGGAUUUGGACGCCAUCAGGGUUAAGCUGGAUGAUUCCCUGGCUCUGAGGGAAGAGUUAGAGAAGGAGAUUCGCAAGUUGAUUGAUGCCAGCGCACACAAGGAUGAGGAGAUGGCACAUGCUCAACAGGAAAAUCAGACGUUGAGUGGAGAAUUGCAGGAUUUGAGGGAUGAACUUGUGGUGCUCCGAGCCACCAUAGAGCAUCUUUCAUCUGAGAUGACGCAAGAGAUCAGAUUUUAUGAGGAAGAGGCUUUUAGGCUGUGGAAUGAUGCUCAUAUCUCUACAGUAUAUGUUCAAUUUAUCGAGGAGAAAAUGCUUGAGCUGAUGGGGGAAUGUGAGAGCCUUGAGAUGUGUGCCCUGGUUCGUCAGAAGAUGCUUGAGGAGCAUGUCAUUCUGGUCCAGACGCAUGCUGAUUCUUUGGAGAAAGAAUGCAGAACAUUGAAGACCAAGCUGAGCACCUAUCUUCCCCUUGUUUUGUCCUUGCAAGACAGUAUGGCCUGUCUAGAACAGGAGAUGCUUUCUGUGAUGCAGCAUCGUGGGCUGAAGGGCCAUUCAACACAGGUGUGCUCUCUCUCAAGAUGCCUGUUGUUCGUCUACGCCAGUCAUCUCUCUAGUUCUCUUCUUGUUCACUUGAAUCUAUCAGCACUCACCAUCAAAAAUAUGCCUUUUAUUUGUUUAUUUUUCUCGAAGAAAAACCACGGCCGAUUAGGAAAUUCAGUCGGAUACACAGACCCUGUUGUUGAGACUUUCACUUAUGAAGAAGUAUACCUUUGAUCAACAUUAUUUUGUACUAAUCUGCUCUAUUUUGUGUUCACAUUUCAGGACGCAUCGUCGGUUAGCCCUGAGCUCGUGGAAAGCCAUGAUCACCUGGUGGAGAAUCCCAGAGCUGAUGAAGCCAAUGGGGCUCUGCUGGGGCUUCAGAGGUUGCAGGUGCGGGUCGAAGAGCUUCAGAAAUUUGUAAUGAAAUGCCGUGAUUCCUCCAUGUCAGAGCCGGCGGGGAACAAAACUGAGGAGGAAGCUAAGGGCAGCAAGAACACGAUCGUCCUGCCUGAUUUGGUGGGUCAUGAGGAUUCCACUAAUGGGAAUGGGUUGGCGAUCAAAGAUAUCCAGCUGGAUCUGCCUUCAUGUGAUCGGUCUGAUCGGAAGGGUGAGACAAAGAGCCCAGAGACUGAUGAUCAGAUGCUAAGAUUAUGGGAGACUGCCGAGAGAGACAGCAACAACCAGAUCCUGAAGGCCUCACCCGUUGUCGGCGUUAAUGACCUUCACCUGGUCGAGGGGGUGAAGGGGGCGGAAGAGAGCAGGUACCCUUCUUCCGAGCUGAUGUCAGAGAAGGAAAGUGGCAUUGACCAAAUGGGUCUGCAGAGAAAGGUCAACUCUCGGCGAGGCUGGAGCCAGAGAAUCUUGGACCGCCUGGCAUCCGACACCCAGAGGCUGCUGACCCUUCAGAACAACACACAGGAGCUCAAGACCCAGUUGGAGAAAUCCAGGGGGGGGAACAGGUCUACGGACAUGAAGUACGAUGCCAUGAUGGAGCGGCUGAAGAGGGCCGAGGAAGCCAUCCAGGAGCUGGUCAACGCCAACAAUGACUCGACCAAGAAAGCCGAGGGUCCGACCGAGGAGGGAGGGAGCCAGUGGAGGAAUCAGGUCUUGGAGACUGUGCAGAUCGGGCGGGAGAAGAUUGCGAGGCUGGAACUGGAACUCCAGAAGAUUCAGUAUAUCCUUCUGAAGCUCAAGGAGGAGCGUGAGACCAGGGCCAAAGGUGGCAGAGGGCGGUCGAGGACGAUACUCAGGGACUAUCUCUAUGGCCGAGGGGAUGGCCAUGAUGGAAGGAAGAAGGGGGGGCGGCUCUGCGGCAGCUGCAUCCAGCCGAAGGUUGUGGAGGACUGA